AUCUUAUCAUCGAUUUAAUGCACGUCGUCAACUUAAGCUGCGCUUGCGCCGGCCGUAGCAGUGCGCGGUAGAACACCGCGCAUACCACACGCUCGCCCAUAAAACCUUCUAUUUCGACCUUCCAGUUUGACAAUCACUUAAACGACAAUUAUUUGCAACGCUACACAACUGCGAUGUGAUUUUAUUUCUAAUUAUAAAUCUAUAAUAAUUUACUCAUUAUUCCUAUUUUUCAGUGAUAUUAAGUGAUAAUAAUUAGUGUUAUUUAGAAAAUGGAGUUUGUAAAAUAUUUGGUAUUACUUUUUGCAGUUUUCAAUAGAGGAAAUGCAGAACUUGACACUCUAUCUGGUGGCGACAAGACAAACUACACAUUUCCAAAAGACUUCGUGUUUGGUGUGUCGACGGCAGCUGUGCAAAUCGAAGGGGCCUGGGAUGAAGACGGAAAGUCGCCUAGUAUAUGGGAUCAUUUAGUGCAUACUAACAAAUCAUUCGUUCGAGAUGGUUCCACGGCGGACGUGGCCGCGGACUCCUACCACCUGUACAAGAGAGACGCUGAGAUGGUCCACGAACUAGGUGUCAACAUCUACCGCUUCUCUAUAUCCUGGCCCAGGGUGCUUCCCACUGGAUUCGUUAAUAAAAUAAACCCACUCGGAAUAGCCUACUACGAUAAUCUCAUAAACGAAUUAAUAAAGUACAACGUAACGCCAAUGGUGACUAUUUACCAUUGGGAUUUGCCGCAGAGACUUCAAGAUAUUGGCGGUUGGACGAAUCCCCUGAUAGUUGAUUAUUAUACAGACUAUGCCAAUGUCUUGUUUAAGCAAUUUGCUCAUAAAGUGAAGUACUGGGUGACGUUCAACGAGCCCAUGCAGACUUGCCUGGAGGGCUACGGAGGCACCUACAGAGCCCCGGUGCUCAAUCGUCACGGAAUCGCCGAGUACUUGUGUACGCAUAACCUUUUGAAGGCCCACGCCAAUGUAUAUCAUAUGUUCAAGAGGGACUACAAUGAGACUGGAGGUAAAUUGGGAAUGUCCUUGGAUUCGAAUUGGGCUGAGCCUAAGUCUAACACGGCAAGAGAUCGCGAAGCUGUAGAACUGUAUUUGAGUACACACAUGGGCUGGUACGCGCAUCCAGUUUAUUCCUCAACCGGCAACUAUCCUCCGCAGCUAAUAGACUUAGUGAAUGCUAAAAGCAGAAAGCAGAAUUACACCAGAUCCAGACUGCCAGAGUUCACCAAAGAAGAGAUUGAUUUCAUCCGAGGAACUGCCGAUUUCUUCGGCCUCAAUCAUUACACUACCUACCUCCUGUCUAUGGCUGAUAAGGAAGUAGGUGCCAUACCCUCGCAUGAGAAUGAUGUGGGGGUGGUCAGGGUGCAGGAUCCGUCCUGGCCAUCUAUGUCUUCGUCAUCUUGGCUUAAGGUGGUACCAUCCGGCUUCCGAAGACUCCUGAACUACAUAAGCAAGAAGUACCCCAACUGCCCGAUCAUCGUGACAGAGAAUGGGUACGCUGACUACAGCGGCGUGGACGACACUGCCCGCGUGUCCUACUACACUCACUACCUGAACGCCUUGCUCCAUGCAAUACACGAAGACAAGAGCAAUGUCAGCGGGUACUUCGCAUGGAGUCUCAUGGACAACUUCGAAUGGGAUGACGGCUAUGUGUCCCGCUUUGGUCUGUAUCUGGUUGAUUUCAAAAGCCCCAACAAGACCCGGACGCCCAAGCGAUCAGCCAAGCUGUACUCCGACGUCAUCGCGUCCAGACGUCUUCCUAAAGACUAUAACCCUCGCGACUUUUCCGCCUUUUCGUCAGCUCCUGUCCUUGCGCCCAGCCUGCUUCCCUUCCUUAUGUACAGACUACUUCAUUGACCGUCGUGUACAAUGUGUACAUACAAUACUUUUGUAUAUAAACUGUCUAAAUUAUACGUUAAGUAAUA